AUGACUACGUUAAACGAACUCAUAACUGCGGCAGUAUCCUCAAUAUCGGCGCCCGAUCCCGAUGAUCCAAUUCGGGAAUGCUAUGGGCACGAUGUUGGGAAGCUAAAAUCUGCACUCUUAGAUACCCCAGAUAGUGCACUCCAACUUGCUGAUGCAGAACUAAGGGUAUUUCCAUUUAAGGAUGUGAAAGUUUGUUGGCGAAGGCUAUAUACUGAUGCCAGCCUGGUCAAAGUAUGCCAACUUUUACAGAAACAUAUCGAUUGCAUUGAAAAAGGAGGCCGUAUCAUGGAAGCCACGGUGGAUGAUGCACCGCAAGCGUCUAUAGUUCAAACUUCGGACAAGGAAAAAAGCGAAUACACGGAGAGCAACCCUCCCGCUGAUUAUCCUUGGGUAUCAGACGUGAUCCAUACCCUGGAUAAAGCUGUUAUAAUGUGUGGUGCUCCUCGCCGUACAAGACUAAUAGAGGACCUUUUAUCUACGUUACAAGGAAGUCUUCACUUGGAUUACAAUUCCUCAUUUGCAUCGUUUACAUUGCCUGACCAAGCUGGACUUUCUCAAUCACUCCGUUCCCGGCCGACCAAGAGACAGAAACUGAACGAGAUGAAUAGUUUAUUUCCCUUAGAUCAUGCCCCUCAGCCUGAUCUAGAGCAUCCUGUUCCUCGAGUUGCAGGGCUUACGUUUGAAGAGUUCACAGAACAUAUAUGGAAUAUACGGACACCAAUAGUUAUUACUAAUGCCAUCGACCACUGGCCAGCUCUCUCAUCACGGCCGUGGUCGUCCUCUCUAUAUUGGGCAGAAAGGACAUUUGGUGGAAGGAGGUUGGUUCCGGUUGAAGUUGGGAGGUCUUAUACUGACGAAGGCUGGGGCCAACGGAUUAUGCCUUUUGCUGAUUUUGUAAAGGACUACCUAUGGCGAAGCACCAGUUCAACUAGCGAGCAAACUCAGACAGGCUAUAUGGCGCAGCAUGACCUUUUGGCUCAGAUUCCAAUGCUAAAGGAAGAUAUUUGUAUUCCCGAUUACUGCUACGCCGAACCACCCGAGCCUGAACCAGGAACUCCCCUGCAUGAAAAGAAUAUGCAACGAAGAGACAAUGGGAGAAGUCAAAGUGAAGUUAAACCAGAGAUAAACUCGGAAUCUCAUGAUGGAAUAGCGAAGGAUAAUGUGAAUAAGGUGCCGGAGAUAGAAUAUUAUGACAAUGUGGAAAAUGAAGAUGGCCUCAGUGACAAUAUCACCCCGACGGACCCCACAAUUAAUACUUGGAUAGGCCCUUCGUGGACAAUAUCUCCUUUACAUCAUGAUCCAUAUCAUAACAUUCUUGCUCAAGUGGUUGGCACCAAAUACGUUCGCCUCUAUUCUCCUCACACGCCAGCCAGCCAAAUUUACCCGCGUGGAAAAGAAGUUGUCAACCAUAAAACCUCAGACACAUCUAGUAUAGAAAGGAAAGGGGAAGCCGAUCAAGAACAAAUAGAUAUGUCCAACACAUCUCAAGUUGACAUAUCAGCCAUCGAGCUGUCUCCAGCAGAGGCCGAGACAUGGAACGAGCUUUGGCCUGGCUUCCUCGAUGCCGAAUAUAUGGAAACAGUUCUGCGAGAGGGUGAGUGCCUAUACAUCCCUAUUGGCUGGUGGCAUUAUGUUCGGGGCUUGCAGGCUGGGGUCAGUGUUAGCUUUUGGUGGUGUAAAUAA